UGAACCGUUCGAGAUUGGUGAAAGAUGCAUAUUUACUUCGUUUCUGUUUCUGACCGUGUGAGUUGUGCCUAAAUAACAUGAACAAGUCGGAACUGCAGAAGAUCAGCACCGUGCGUGGGCCUGAGGGACUGCAAGCCCAUCAUGGGCUUGCUGGGUAAGUUGGAAAAACCCUUAAGACCGUCCGUUGUGGAAUUCCUACACGCUCAGCAGUGCGGAUUCACGAACGGGAUUCCCAAAGUUUGUUGUGGCUCUCUUCCGAAGAACCUGAAGAUAUUUAAAAACGCCCCCGACAACGAUGCCAGGAGGUUCGUGAUAAAAACGACGACUACUCAAAAACCCACCACCAGCGCCACAAGCACGAAGAAUAUGUCGGAGGAAAAGAGGAGGCGGAUGGAGGAGGCACUAAAUCGGGAGUUUAGUUCAGACUUUUUUGAUGCUGGAUUCGACUUGUUCAUGUUCAGAAGGAAGAAGCGAGACAAGAACGAACAACUGGAAGUUGAGAUAAGAUAAUGUUAAUUAAUUCAUUGAAAAAGCUAAAUAAAUGUUUCUGUUUUAA